AUGUCUUGGACUUGGUCUCGGUCGCUCUCGCGGACCGCAUGGCGAUCCUACGGAACCGUUCAGGGCUCCCCUAGUGCCGCCGCCAUCGCCAGUCGAGUCCCCAGUGCCCUCGUCGAAGCGACCUCGGCCACGGCGCCUCGAACCAACUGGACGCCCGAGGAGAUUAACGCAAUUUACCACACUCCCCUGAAUCAAUUGACAUAUGCCGCGGCCGCCGUGCACCGACGCUUCCAUGACCCCUCCGCCAUCCAAAUGUGCACUCUGAUGAACAUCAAGACGGGUGGUUGUAGUGAAGACUGCUCGUACUGCGCCCAAUCUUCCCGUUAUGACACCGGUCUCAAGGCCACCAAGAUGAGCCCCGUCGAUGAGGUUCUUGAAAAGGCCCGGAUUGCCAAGGCCAACGGAAGUACUCGAUUCUGCAUGGGUGCGGCAUGGCGUGAUAUGCGGGGUCGCAAAACCAGCCUCAAGAAUGUCAAGCAGAUGGUCUCGGGCAUCCGCGACAUGAACAUGGAGGUCUGUGUGACCCUCGGCAUGAUCGACGGGGAGCAGGCCAAGGAACUGAAGGAAGCCGGCCUGACGGCCUACAACCACAACCUGGACACCUCCCGCGAGUUCUAUCCCACCAUCAUCACCACUCGCUCCUACGAUGAGCGACUGCGGACGCUGGACCACGUCCGCGAUGCCGGCAUCAACGUUUGCUCCGGGGGUAUUCUGGGCCUGGGCGAGUCGGAUGCCGAUCGUGUCAGGCACCCCCUCGGAGAUCGCAAGAUGAUUCCCUUUGACCGGGUUCUCCGGACCAUCGCCACGGCACGCGUGGUGAUGCCGGCCACCAUUGUCCGCCUGGCAGCGGGUCGCAUCGCCAUGUCCGAGGAGCAGCAAGUGGCCUGCUUCCAAGCGGGAGCGAAUGCCGUCUUCACCGGUGAGAAGAUGUUGACGACCGACUGUAAUGGUUGGGAUGAGGAUCGGGCCAUGUUUGAAAAGUGGGGAUACUACCCCAUGAAGAGCUUCGAGAAGCCUGAGUUGCGGGACAGUAGUAGUCUAUCCUCUGCCUCUCCCUUGUCCCCUUCUCCGUCGGUCUGA